AUGUGUUCAGAAGUAAUGUAUGGCGCAUAUUAUCCAUAUUUAUACGGCCGUGCAGGACCAAGCCGUCCAUUUUAUCAAUACGAUAGAUUUAAUCAAGACUUGUACCCUUCAACUGCUGGCGUACCAAUAGCCGCUUCAGCAAGCACAUCAACAAAUUCUCAUUCACCAUGCAGUCCACUCUUACCAUCUGCGUUAUCAUCGUCGUCAACAGCUAAUGUAGCGCACUCAUCGCAUACGCCUUCAUCAAUACCUUUAGUUGGAUCAUUAGGACAAAGACAUGUAGCCAAAGAGGAAGAUUUAACAAUUCCAAGAAGUGAGAGAGAAGUGAACUUACCUGGUAACCACAACGAUAGUUCAUCGUGUUCUUCAGGUCCCGAAUCACCAAAUGGACAAGGAGAAAAUAGCGGGCGAACACAAUACGUCUCAGCCACCUGCGUUGUUGUAACUCAUUAUUCAGGUGAUGUUGCCAAUGUUGUCGAUGAACAUUUUACCAGAGCAUUGAAUUUCAAUGACAAAAACAAUAAAGAUUCCAAUCCGAUGUCAGCUCGAAACUUUCCACCAUCGUUUUGGAACAGCAAUUAUGUUCCUCCAACACCCGCUCCCGCUCAUCAUCAAAUGAGUGACCUUUACUCAACAGAAAGUAGUCUUUAUUCGACCGAGCCAUGGGUUCACAACGCAGCACAUUACGGAUCUUAUGCUGCACAUGCAGCAUACGCGCACCAUCAUAACAUGGCUCAAUAUGGAAGUUUACUUCAUCGUUUGCCACAACAAUAUGGUCAUAGUUCAAGAUUACAUCACGAUCAACAAACAGCACAUGCUCUAGAAAGUGCAGCCGCUGCUUAUUCAAAUUAUCCCAUGUCUGGUCUAGAAGCUCAAGUUCAGGAGUCAUCAAAAGACUUAUAUUGGUUUUGAGCAUCGCUUACCUUAUAAAACAAUUUUAUUAAGAAUUAAUUCGUAAGUAGUUUCAAAGAUGAAACAGUUGUAAUAUUUUAUGUGUUAUGUGAUACUCCAUUAAAAUGUUAAAUUUAAACUAUUUUUUCUGCAUAAAUAUUAUUAAAACUUUUUGGAAUCGAUGAUUGUAAUGAAGGAAAGUAAAAUUAGUAUUUAGCUGAAAGUAAUAAAAAUUAUUCUUUAUUUCUUGUUUCAAAAUGUAUACUGAG